GACGUCAUGGAAUCACCAGACAGAACAGCAGCAGCCACAACCUUUUCCAUCCAUCGGAUUCUGGGUUUGGAGCUGGAAACUCCAGGAGGCUGCAUGGAGUUACAUCAACGCCGGACAGUGAAGGACAGCAGGAGCAGCCGCGAGGGUCCGGAGCAGCGCCGUCAUCUGCACAGACCUCCUGCCGUCGGGAAUCCAGCCGGCUCCCCGUCUCAGAGGCCAAGGCCCCGCACCGCCUUCACACGCAGACAGGUCAACGUCCUGGAGACGGUGUUCCAGGUGAACUGCUACCCAGGGAUCCAGCUCAGGGAGCAGCUGGCAGCCGCUCUCCAGCUGGAGGAGGACAGGAUCCAGGUUCUCUCGUUUUCUCAGCAGACGACUUUCCAACAACAGUAAAAAGCUCUGGUUCUGAAGCUGCUGGUUUUUCUUUCAGAUCUGGUUCCAGAACCGACGGGCUAAACUGAGGCGCUGUCUUAGGGAAACCCAAGUUUGUCUGGUUCAGACAGCGGCCGGCCUCCUGGUCAGGCAAGAGGUCAAAGGUCAGACUAGGACUGCUGACUCAGACCUUCAUCCUAAAGAAGAGGAUGGAUUCAGACGUGCUGGUUCUGCUUCUUCAUGCUGGUCCACCUGAGGUCUUUCAUGGGUAACCCUUUACCACCAGAGCGGUCACCAACGACAGGAAGUAGCAAACGCUCUUCAAACCAGCAGAACUGAUGUUGAAGACGCUUUCUGCUGACGUAUGACACUUCAUCGGAAAGUGUCAUACGUCAGCAGAAAGCUGCUUUUCUUCCCUUCAGAAUCUGUUAGAACUGUAUAAAUAUCAGAUUCAGAAAAUUGCUCAGGCAGAAGGACAGGGUAAAUAUAAUCAAUUAAUUAAAUAAUUG